CCUGAAUUGAAUUAUCCACUUGCCUUGUAAAUUGUUUUGGUUUAUAUAUUCUAUAUUUAUUUAAAACAAGUCUCACUUCUCGGUUGAGAAUUCGUCAGCAGCAACACCAUGGCUGCAACUGCAGCGGCAACACGUGCCAUUUUCAGCAACACGUGUCAUUACCAUCACCAUGGUAGUAAACACCCGAGAAUUCCGUCCACUUUUCUCGGAACCGUCUCCCACCCCAAGUCCACUUUCUACGGCUACACCACCGGAUUCACCGCCGCCCAAAAGAGCCGCCAUGGCCAUCAGUUCUUGCUCCCCAGGGCUUCUGCAGAGGAUGACAAUAGCGGCGGCGAUAACGAAGCUGAAACAGUGCAAGUACAACAGCAGCCGCCGGUUUCGCUCAGCUUGGAUGAUGUGAACCCGGUGGGACUGGGGCGGAGGUCGAGGCAGCUGUUUGAUGAGGUGUGGAGGAAGUUCUCAGGGUUGGGGCAGAUUUCCAGGACUACUCGAGCUGAUGACAGGGACGCCCUCGACGCCCUCCUCAUCAGGGAAGGUCCCAUGUGCGAGUUUGCCGUUCCUGGGGCUCAGAAUACCACCGUGCUCGUCGUCGGAGCAACUAGCCGGAUCGGUCGUAUUGUUGUCCGCAAGCUCAUGCUCAGGGGUUACACUGUCAAGGCUCUAGUGAGGAAGGCGGAUGAGGAAGUGGUGAACAUGCUUCCAAGGUCAGUAGAGGUUGUGACUGGGGAUGUGGGUGAUCCUUUGACAGUCAAGGCUGCUGUGGAAGGUUGUAACAAAAUAAUCUAUUGUGCUACUGCUCGUUCUACCAUCACUGGGGAUCUCUUCAGAGUUGAUCACCGAGGGGUUUACAACCUCACCAAAGCAUUUCAGGACUACAACAAUCAACUCGCACAACUGCGAGCAGGAAAAAGCAGCAAAAGCAAGCUUCUGCUUGCAAAGUUUAAAUCUGCAGAUGCAUUGAGUGGGUGGGAAGUUCGUCAGGGAACGUACUUCCAGGAUGUAGUUGCUGCUAAGUAUGAUGGAGGAAUGGAUGCUAAAUUUGAGUAUACUGAGACUGGAGAGGCUGUCUUCUCAGGAUAUGUUUUCACCAGAGGAGGUUAUGUUGAACUGUCAAAAAAGCUUGCACUUCCUUUGGGCCGCACUCUUGACAGGUAUGAGGGCCUUGUUCUCUCUGUCGGUGGAAAUGGAAGAUCUUAUAUUUUAAUUCUUGAAGCUGGUCCUUCAGCAGACACAACUCAAAGCAAAUUGUAUUUUGCAAGAUUUAGUACGAAAGCAGGAUUUUGUAGGGUGAGAGUACCAUUUUCAUCGUUCCGCCCAGUGAAGCCAGAUGAUCCACCAUUAGACCCAUUCCUUGUACAUACAUUGACCAUACGAUUUGAGCCCAGAAGACAGAGACCCAUUGAAGGACCUAUGGGAAUGAAGCAAGACCCGAGAAGCUUUAAGCUUAUAUUUGAAUAUAUAAAAGCCACGCCUACUGGGCAAGAAACAGACUUUAUCUUAGUUUCAUGUACAGGAUUAGGAAUAGAACCUACCAGAAGGGAGCAGGUUCUUAAAGCUAAGAGGGCUGGGGAAGAUUCAUUGAGAAGAUCAGGCCUUGGGUACACAAUCAUUCGUCCUGGUCCACUAAAGGAGGAACCUGGUGGUCAGCGUGCGCUCAUAUUUGAUCAAGGAAACAGAAUUUCUCAGGGCAUCAGCUGUGCUGACGUGGCUGAUAUUUGUGUGAAGGCACUACAUGAUUCAACCGCAAGAAACAAGAGCUUUGAUGUAUGUUAUGAAUAUGUUGCUGAGCAAGGGAGGGAGCUCUAUGAGCUGGUAGCUCAUUUGCCUGAUAAAGCCAAUAAUUAUUUGACACCAGCACUAUCAGCGUUGGAGAAGAACACUUGAUCAUCCUUUUGGUCCCUUUGUUUGAUAUUAAUUUGGUUCUUAAAUAUCUCUUUAUAUUUUUCUAACUAUUGGAUUAGAUGAUGAUAACAGCAACAACUUUCAACAAACUACUCAAGGAUAAGUGUACAGCAGAGGAUGUCUGAUGUUGAAGUCAUUUGUAUUUUGAAUUACUUGUAUCUAUCUUGUAAAUGUGAUAAGCUUAAUACAAUUAUUAAUACAAAUACUGCACUAUGUAUUCGGUAGGCAGAAUCACAUCCAAAUAGUGUUUGAUUAUAUGGUAUCAGAGAUUUUGUAGACUAAUGUCUACCUCCUCCA